AUGCUUCCGAACGAUCGAUCAAAAAUAAAUAUGUUUUUCAUAUCAAUUAUCUUUCUAACUAUUAUUAAUCCUUCAAUACAAUCAGGUCAACCAUCAUUAAAAUUAACAUUUGUUCCUGAUGAAACAUAUUUUACAAAUGGUCAUCAUGUUGAUAUUCUAUGUGAAUUACUUAAUCCAAAUGAACAUACAGAAUCACCACAAUUAUGGCAUGUUGAUUUAAAAACUGGUAAACAUACACCAAUAUCACGUUUAUUAGUAAAUUCACCAACAAAUGAAGCACCAGAUAUAUUUAAACGAAAUUCUAAUAAACGUAUAGAAUUUCUUAAAAAAAAUCAUAUACGUAUAAAAAACUUACUAUUAGAAGAUUCAUCACGAUACGCAUGUAAUUGUCCUGAUUGUGAACAACAAUUAGAAGAACAAAACAAACUUUUACAAAUUAUGAAACUAGUUGAACCUAUAUGGUAUAUUGAACCUGGUUGGCCAAUGCAAGAAAAUGCUAAAACAACAAUAAGAUGUAUAGCUAAUGAUUUUUAUCCAUAUGUAAAUUAUAAAAUAAUUCAGAAUCAUCAUGAAAUCAAUCAACUAGGUAAAAGUGUAACACCAACUACAGAUUUAUUUCCACAAAAAUUCUCUUGGGAAGCAACUGUUAUGCCAACAGCUGAUUGGCAUAAUCAAACAUUACGAUGUACAGUUACUCAAGGUAAUACAGAACAACAUGCAACAAAAGUUCUUGAUGUUUUAUUUACUCCACGUUUUCUUAAAUGUGAGGAAAAACAAUAUGUUAAUUCAACAAAAGAAAAUGCAACAAUUGAAUGUUCAUAUUCAGGAAAUCCAGCACCAACAUUAACAUGGUUUCGUCAAAUAGAUGAAAAACCUAUUAAACCUGAAACAGGUAUUACUAUUGAAACAAAAGAUGAACAUCAUGGUAAAUAUAAAAGUAUUGUUAUAUUUGAUCGUGAAAAAUUAAUAUCUAUGCCAUCAACAACAACAUUAACAACAACAACAAUAAAAUCUUCUAAUGGAAAAUCAGAUUUAAUAAAUAAACCAAAAGCUAUUGCAGGAGAUAAUUAUUAUCAACAAUUAUUAAAUGAUGGCUUUAUUGUUAAAUUAACACAUAAUGAUGAAGUAAAAGGUUUUCAUAAAAUUACCAUAGUUAGUGAUAUAAAUGAAGUACGAUCAACUAAACUUGAUAAUUCAUCAAUUAAAACGAUACAAAAUCUUUCAACAUCUAUUAUCUUAUUAUCAUUUUUAACUGUUCUCUAUAUGAUACAAUAUCAUUAA